CAGCACACAAUUAACCUUCAAAAUCAUCCAAUUCUUGUUUAAGCCUUGCUUUUUUGUUCCUUCCCUUCAGAGAUAAUUUUACCGGCCGGGCGCAAAUGUGGAUCGCUGGCCAUACAUGGAGACCAUUACGAUUCCUUCGCCGUCUGUAUUCCUGACCUCGCCAAAGCUGGAACCCUCCGCCGCUUUUGCGAAGCGGAGGGCUUCCCCCAAUCGGUCCCCGCAACCCACAAAGCCCUCAGUCACAGAGACGGACAAUGGCAAGGGCAAUGUCAAUGUAAAACCCAAACAAUCAAAGAGUCGCAAUGGAUGUGUUACGUGCAAGGCCAAAAGGCUGAAAUGCGAUGAAACAAAACCUUCAUGCAAGCAGUGUCAUAAGCGCAAUGUAUCGUGUGGGGGUUAUAAGAAGGACUUCAAAUGGCGGUCGUUUGAGGAAGGCAACUUUGUUAGCAAACCUAGCCCGGCCAAGGCCAGGAAGAUCUCCAAACCAGAUGAUCAACCUCCUGCCGUGGCUGCUAGUAAAGUGCCCGCAUCUGAUUCCCAGGAAAAGGACAAGUCCCGAUCGAGGAGCAGCACGACGAAGGCUACCAAACCGGCGCAGACUGAAGUAUCUGCUACCCCAGAAGAGCAUGAUAUUGUCUUCCCAAGCAUUGACUUUUUGAACGAUUUCGACACACACCUUCCGGAAACUGAAGUGUUGCUGCAAUCGCCAGAAAUUCCUGAGUCGGCCUCAAGCUUUACUGAGCUUUUUAAUGCUCCUACUAUUGACUCUAAUCUUCGUGCACUGUUUGAAGAUCCUCGCACUGUGCAGUCUUCUACUGGAACCGCAGAAUCAUCGCCUCAUCUACUGGAUGGCGCGGAUAGAACUAUCUUGGGUGUCCCGCCUGGUAUUCAGUCAUUUGACUUUGAGGCACCCCAUUCUUCUCAAAAUCAGAGGACUGGCCCUGAGAAUGCCAGAGACGAUGAAGACGUUGAGGAGAUUGCGCGAGAGCCAGAAUUCGAUCUCGGCCAGGGAACCAGGGGAUUACGGCUUUCAUCGCCUGCUUCGUCCAGCACAUCAAGCUCAUCAACAUCUUCGAGCGUCGGUCGCUCAAAUCCAAUGGCCAGUUUCUUCAAUCAGCCGGAGAUGCACGCGUCCAGUCCAGAGAUGCUUAUACUCCGUUACGACCGAGAAACGUGUGGAAUUCUCUCAGUCAAGGAUGGGCCUUCAGAAAACCCUUGGCGAACGCUAAUAUGGCCUCUGGCACGAGAUUCUCCAGCAUUGUAUCAUGCUAUCAUUUCCAUGACGGCCUUUCAUGCUUCCAAGAAUAUGCCUAUACUGAGAGUAAAAGGUGUAGAGCAUAUGCAACGCAGUGUUCUAGCUCUGGCUGCCGGGCUUGAAGGGAUGAGAACGGAUGUUGCCUUGGCCACAACCCUCGUUCUAGCGUUCUCGGAAUCCUUUGACCAGCACAUUUCCACGGGAAUCAAGCAUCUUCGAGGCGCGAAGAUUCUUGUAGAUCAAAUACUUAAUCUGCACCGCGCACGCCGCUGGCGAGGUUCAGACCUUCCAGGGAUCCAAUUUCUCUGUAACGCCUGGGUGUACUUGGACGUCAUUGCGCUGCUGACGUCUCUUGACGGCGACGACGUGAACGAUUUUGAAGAAGUCAUUGCACCAUUCGCCACCCUCCCAAAUACAGCCAUGGAACUCGACCCUCUCAUGGGCUGCGCGACGACUCUGUUUCCCCUCAUUGGGCAUGCCGCGAACCUCAUUCGCCGCGUGCGCAAUUCCGCGAGUAACUCGAUUCAGAUUGUGUCUCAAGCAAUGGAACUCAAGUCCAAAAUUGAGGCAUGGCAGCCUCCAACGCUCUUUGAGCCGCCGGAAGACCCGACUUCGGAAAUCUCUCACAGCCUCCAAACUGCCGAAGCAUAUCGCUGGGCUACGCUGCUGUAUUUGCACCAAGCAGUGCCUGAAAUCCCGUCGCUGACGUCCGCUGAGCUGUCAAGAAAAGUUCUUGUUUUCCUCGCUACCGUGCCAUUGACAUCUCGUACUCUUGUUGUUCAGAUAUACCCGCUUAUGGCGGCAGGGUGUGAGGUCGUCGCUCAGGAAGACCGGCAAUGGGUUAGGGACCGCUGGUCGGCCAUGGCACGACGCAUGCUCAUUGGCAACAUUGAUCGUGGCUGGGAAGUCAUGGAAGAAGUAUGGUUGCGACGAGAUCGGCAUCGAGAAGAUAGGCUACGAGCCAAUCGACGUCGUCGCAUUGCGUCUGUCGGAAGUGUCGCGCCAAUGGAUUUCCCUCCUCUGUCUUCUGCACCGAUUACCUCCCUUCCGAUGCGCGGCUUUAAGAGAAAUCAUCACACCUCUUCGCUUUUCGACGACGGCUUUUCGGCGCCGGCCAACCCUUUCUUUUGGGGCAUGGACUCGGCUCCCCACUCCGCGACGGCUGGCAAUCUUGAGGGAUUGAAUUGCUCAUCGUGGCCGCCAACGGAUACCACGUCCUUUAUGGGACUUGGGUCUGAUAAUAUGUUUGACGAGCUUGAUGAUAUUCCUGAGUUCAGCUUUGACAUGGACUUUGAUCUUGGCGAUGGCGGUAACGGGAGCGCUGAUGUCGGCGGCCAAGAUCGCAACGGCAGUCGCAAUGACUACCAAAGCGGCCCUACUUUAUCUUCAAGCAGCGGCCUUGUGGCCGAUGCGCUUGGACUGGGCAGUGAUCAAGUGCCCGGCGUCGCCGCAAAUAUCAUGAACGGAAUCAACAUUCCCGGCGUUGCUGGUGCACCUCUUUCCGGUGCCAGUAGCGAGGGUCUCGAUCAUUUACCUACUCCAGGUCGUCGUGAUCGUGGUCGCGGUCAUGAUGGAAAACAAGAUCGGCACCACCGCGACCGCGACCAUGACCGUGAUCAGGACGGGAACCAAAAUGUAGACCGUGAUCGCGAGGUAAAUCGGCAUGAACGGCGCCAACGAAAGCGAUCCAUGGCAGCAGCGGCGGCGGCAACAGGACCAAGAGGAGAAGCUCCAGGCCUUGUGGGAGGCGUGGCAGCUGUAGGAGUCUUGGAAGCUACCGCGCCUAGACUGGGAAUGGGUAUGGGUAUGGGAAUGGGGAUCAUGGGCCGCGGAACCAGUGGAUUCGGUGCAGGUCCAUCAUCAACAUCCUCACCAACAUCAACAAGGACUGGCUCGACGUCCUCGUCCGCAAUGCCCAAUCCCGUUGACACGAGUAUGAUGAAGGAAGAUUUGGAGUAUGACUUUACGGUUCGCGGGCGAUUACAUUGGGUUGGCGUUAUGCGGGAUUGGAAAUGGGAAGUUUUACUUGGAUGAGCUGGCUUAGCCGUUGUCAUUUCGGCCCUUAACCCCCCCAUCGUCGACAGUUAUUCCAUGCACUUUAUCAUUGAAUAUCCCUCUCCUGGACCGUUUAGUUCCAAAAACGUUUAUUGCGUCCAUGUGUAGCGUUUCUGUUUCGGCAUAUUCCCCCUCUGUAUCUAAGUCUGAUAACAUGAGUCCAUGAGUCUAUGAGUCCACAAGCACUUGAUCUAUCAAUUUUUUAAAUUCCACAUUACUCUCAUUUCCAUUCUUCUAGCACCGUAUAUCAGCUACCGCUGCUGCUGCUGCUGCUGCUGCUGCUGUUCUACCCCCCAUUCGAUCAGAACCUCCUACAGUAUAGAACAGAACAGCAUUGACAAUCCCAUUU